AGCGUAAUUUACGCUAAUACGCAUCUUAUCUGGAGCCCUCACAGUUUUAAGUGCAAUAAAAAGUAAAGAUAAUUUACACUGAGCGAUUGAAAAGUCUCAGCUAUGGAAAUGAAUAGAUCAGCAACUUGAAAGGCAUAUAAAGCAAAUUUCGCCAAAAUCAUGUGGCAAUUGAAUAAGAUCUUGUUAUAUGGGUGUAUUUAACAGACAGCUGAAGGAUAAAAAUAUACGAGGCGAAAAACUUCCGAUCAGAUAAAUUGGUAUUUUUAAGAAAGUGGCUUGUCAGGUUCCGGUAACUGCAUCUCUAGACCUGUCUAGAGGUCCAGUUACAAGACUUCUUGACAACCAGUACAGGGCAGGCUAUAGGUCCGGUAAUUAAUAAGAUACUUAGAACGGUAUUUAUAAAGAACUAGGAGAUUAUUAUCAGGUCACACAUUAAGUUGAUAAAACAGGAAUACACAUAAGAUAACACGGUGACACUAGCUUUUCUCCUCAGUUGCCAUUCUGUGUAUUUUAUACAUACAGUUAUAUUAAUACAAAUUCAGUUUCUUAUCCAAGGAAUACGAGAAUCGAUAUGAACUAAGUGUUGCACAGUCAAAUUUACAAACAGAGACGGGACACGAACGAUAUCAUCAGUGGUCAUAAUAAAAAUAUUUGCUUUUUAAGUCAUCUACUGCAUUGGCAGAGGUCUCAGCAUACUGGUUCAUAUUAUUGUAGGUUUUUGUCAAGGCCGCUGGUUCGCUUCCCGCUGUGGGCAAUCUUUUUUUUAGAAUGAUUUUUUUAUCUUUAUAGGUUAUCAUUAAAAAGACUAUGAAAAUAUUACGAAUAUUUAAUACAUUGUAUAUUUAAAAAAAAGAAGAAAAACAGAUCGCCCAUAGCGUAGAGCGAACCUGCGACCCUAACAAAAACCGUGUAUUCUGAACCAGCGCCUUGCCCUCUCGGCCACCUUUUGGUAAAUUUCAAUGCUUAACGUCAAGCUCAGAUCUCUUAUUCCUUGGACAAGCAAUUUGUGUAAUGAAAUGCUCGGAGUAAGCGGUCUUGUGUAUAUGGGAGUUUCUUUCAAACAUGUUGAAAUUGAAACUGAAGUAGUAUGAAUGAGCUUAUAAUUAUUAUUGUUAAUUUUAUAACCAGAGCUUCAUUGCCAUACUGUACUGCUGAAUACCAUAUUAUAGCACCAUAUAAUAUUUGAUAUUUAUUAAAUGCUGUUUCAUUCCAGGACAAACAAACAAAAAAUGCUAUUGCUGUUUACAGAUAAUGAAAAUGCACUGGCAAGGUUUGCUACAGCUGCCCACAAGAAUGUAGUUAAAGACAAGCUUGAACCUGGGCAGGAGGUACCAGAGGAGCUCUUCUCCUUCCAGUUAAAUCCAGGGAAAUCUGCUGGGAAAAGAGAAAGAACUGAAACACAACUAAUGAAAGAAAGCAAAGAGCAAGAAGCUACUUUAAGCCCUAAGAAAAAGAACCUUAAAGCAAAAAAUGAAACAAAAGAAGAUUCUAUUUCUAAGGAAACCAGCAAAGAGAAAAAGAAAAAUAGUCCAACCAAAACUCAGACAGAAGAAAGGACAGGGUUGAGUCCUAAGAAAAAGAAACUUAAAGCAAAAAAUUGUCAGAAUGAAACAGAGGAAACCAGUGAAAAGAAAAACGAGAACAUUCAAAACAAAACUCAGGCAGGUUCAAAAGGGAAAUGUGUAUAUGGCACUGCACUUCAAAUAGGGAGAAGCAUGAUUUCUUUGAUGGACCAGUUUUUGGAUGAAAGCCCCCCAGCUUCAACCAGUGGAGAACAGUCCAACUCAGUAGAGGCAAAAAGUGAAACUGAUUGCAUCUCGAAGACGAAGGCAAAUCAGAAUCAAAUACUUGAUAAUGGUGGAUCUGAUGGCGAGAACACAGGAAGCUCUACAGUUCCCCCAGUACUACAGAAUUCAGUACCUGCAAAUAGUUUUCAGUCAGAUGAUCUUCAUGUCCCGCCAAUGAGUCUCACCAAUACAUGGCAGACUUGCCAAAAUGCCAUGGCUGCUGUAAGCAGUGAAACUUCACACAGCCCAAACAGACAAAUACCAAUGCCUUCAGCGGAGGUUCUGCAAACUUUGAGGGCAGUCUGUCAGCCAGAUUUCAUUGCUUUUAUAAGCUAUUUAACAGAACAUCUACAGCAACCAAGUAAUUGUAACCACCCUUGUUUCCAGCCUCAGGUUAAUAUGCCUCAGCCUCAGCCAAGUUUUUACAUGGAUCUUAUGAAUAGUGACAUUGAGAACAGCUUAUGCUCCUACCAAUCUGUCCCUGAAGACCUUUCAACUAUGGAUGUGCCAUUAGAAACCAGUACACCAGCAAAGACAGCAUGUACCACAUCUAUGACAUCUUCCAAUGUAGAAUUAAGGAGGUCCCCCAGAAAGCAAAUACAAAAAAGUCAUGAAAAGAUUGUAAAGAAUGCUACUACUCCUUCAUCUGGCAGUCCGGGACCAUCCCAUGUUGCACCAAAAAAGCAGUCAGAUGAUAUGAUUGUAAUGAGUGCUACUACUCCUUCAUCUGGCAGUCAGGGACCAUCCGAUGACACACCAAAAAAACAAUCAGAUGAUAUGGUCAAACUUCUGGAUUCAAGUAGCAUUCUUGUAAGCAGAAAUGCUAAAAGAAAAAUACUAGCUGCUGCUAAAAAAAAGAAUGGAAAAGAAGGAUACAUAGCCAUGUAUAAACUAUGUGGUGAAAUAUUCUCAUCAAAAGAGAUGGCAGAAUCUAGAGGCCUGGGAAUAGGCAAGUCCUCCAAGGCCGUGGAUGAGAGGCCACCACUGAAUCCACAUAAAAUUAAAGACCUUAAAGACUUCGUGACAGCAUGGUGCAAGGCCAACAAAUUGCCAGAACCAACUGACUCUCAGCUGAACAGUGCCUGUACUGAGAGGAUUGGUUAUGCAAGAAAACAGGAAAAGAAAAUACAGCAGUGACCUUUUUAUUCAACAGGAAAAUGGAAAUUUCAGUGACUUUUUUGGAUUUUUUUUUUGGAUUAUAAUGUGAUAAAUUAGACACUAAAAUUAUUCACAAUAACAAGGCAUAGUUUCAGUUUGCCAGAACUAUGGUAGCAUGUCAAGGAAUUUUUUUUUUAUUUGAAAGCACAAGUAUAUAUGUAUUACUUGGUCUGUUUAAAUCUUUUAUAUAAUAGAACUAACAAAAAUCACAGUUUCCUGUAAAUGCUUUUAUAAACAGUGGCUAGAAAUUCCUAACUGAACUGUGGUACAUUUAUCUAUUAUGAAAAAGAAUAUAAAAACCUUUGAAAUUAUCCUGGAGAAAAUACUCUGUAUCGAAAUGAAAAAAAAGCAGCAUUUCUUUGAAUUUUUAAGAGUACUGGUCUGGCUGAAGCUUAUUGUCGAGCCCACUUGCAGAAGCGAAGACAUAGUUGUCCAAAUGGCUAUUCGGUGUAUGUGCAUCCGGUUUUGUUUGUCCGGACCAUAAACUUGACAUGCAUGGAGCAAUCUCGUUUAUAUUUGACAUGAAUGUUAACCUCAGUGAGACGGAGUGUCAUGCACAAACUGCAGGUUCCUAUCUCAAAGGUCAAGGUCACACUUGGAAGUCAAAGGUUAAAUUUAAUAAUUACUAUGUCCGGAGCAUUUCUUCUUCAUACAUGGAGGGAUUUUGAUGUAACUUGGCACAAAUGUUCACAACCAUGUGACAGAGUGUCAUGCAUAAGAACCAGGACAUAGGUCUGAGGUCAAGGUCACACUUAGAGGUCAAAGGUCAGAUACAAGAAUGACUUUGUCUGGAGCAUUUCUUUUUCAUGCUUGGAGGGAUUUUGAUGUAACUUGGCACAAUUGUUCACCAUCAUGAGACGGAGUGUUAUGUACAAGAACCUAGAAUUACUUCCCUUUGUUGUUACUAUAAAUAGCUUGUAUGGUAAAUUUUUAUUACUGGUCGUAGGGAAAAAUCGAGACCACUUUUCUGUAGUACAAAAUGAAUAUUACAUCCGAUUUUGAGGUGCAUUUUGACCUAUCUCUACUGGUAAGGAUUUUUGUGUGGACUUAGAUUUUUUUAAAGAUUUACUUCCCUUUGUUGUUACUAUAAAUAACUUGUAUUGUAACUUUUUGCAAUCAUUUUUUAUUUGGCAUAAAUGUUUGCCUCAAUGAGACAGGGUGUCAUGUGGAACUCCUUGUCCUUUUGACAGCUGGCGGGCUUGACAUGUUGCCCGUGGGCAUCUAGUUUUGAUAGUUCUAUUUUAUACACAUUAAUAACUUCUGUUUUCAUAUAUUUCUUGCUGCAUUGAUACCUUAAAGCACAUGAAAGUACAUACAUGUAUUACCAUGACAGACUGAAUUAAGUAUGAGAUCAUACUUUGACUAGCAAUACUGUAAAAUUGAUUCCAGAAAUGCAUUGAAUUAAUAAGUUGAUAAUUUUGACUAUAUUAAGAAUACCUUUUCCAUGUUUAAUAAUUAAUUAAAUUCUUGUAUUAAUAUC